AUGACAGAUGGGGUCCCUGUGGAGGGGGUUUCUGUGGAGGGGGUCUCUGUACUUCUUGGUCCGUCGCCGUUUGGUGCCAAAGCACCAAGUUACAACCUGUUAAAGCAGGUUUACUGCAGGAAUGGAGGCCAGUUCCUGUGCGUGUUCCCAGGAGGAGUGGUGGAGGGAAUCCGGCAGAGUGAUGCUUACAUUGUGUUAAAGGUGACAGCAGCAGUGAGCGCAGGUCUGGUGAUCAUCCGAGGUCACGAGGCGGGGCGUUACCUGGCCAUGGACAGAAGCGGAAAACUUUACAUUAGUGAUGAGUGAAUUCAUGGCAUGAAGAAGCUGGAGGAGAACCAUUACAACACGUACAGUUCACACAAACACCAGGAGCACGGAGUCUGGUAUGUGGGCAUUAAGAAAAAUGGGCAGAUGAAAAGAGGUCCGAACACCCACCAGGGCCAGAAGGCGGUCUGCUUCCUGCCUGUUCCAGCACAGUGA